GAGAGGGCUUGGAUCAGUGAGCUGCUCAAUCCUUUUUUACUUCCCUCCCCUCCUCUCUCUUUCACGGGUCUCCUAAUUUGGGAUUUGUUUAAAAAGCAGGACUGCGCCUCAGGAAGACUUUUCCUUGCUGGGGAAAGGGAACCCUGCUCCCUCUUCUCUUGCAUUACACACACACACACACACAAACACCUUCUCCCCAAAAUGUCUGAUUCCACUGUCAACGCUCACUUGGAAGGGAUCAUAUCAGACUUUGAAGCACUGAAACGGUCGUUUGAGGUGGAGGAGGCGGAUUCAUCCACACACCCCUCGCCCCUGUCUCGUCGGACCACCAACCCUCUCCGCUCAUCAACGACUUCCACAUCCAGCCAGCGGAGCUACGACCUGAGCUCCCGCAACUCUGACUACUCCUCCUCCAGAUCUUCCCCCUCCGAGUCCUCUAAUCCACGUUCCCCAAAUACCGGCAUGAGGCGCAUCGAGCUAUCAGGGGGUCGUAACCCCGACACAGCCUCUUCCCGCCGCACAGAAAUCUCCAUUGAGGUCUCCUCCAAGCAAAUUGACAACUCGCCCAGCGCUGGCAUUGCCCGCUUUGGCCUCAAACGACCAGAGGUAAGCCUGGGCAGUCGGAGCACCCCUCUUGAGAGCUCCUCCAACUCCAUCUCCACUUCCACAAACAGGCGUGCAGAGCUCAGCAUGGCACGGUCAAGUGAACCCCCUGCCCCUCCGAGGAGGAUGGAUGCCCAGCUGUCCUCUGCCCCAGUCUCUAGGAUUCCUGACCCCCCCCAGAGGAAAGCAGAGCCCCCAUCCCCCAUCCUCAGCCCAGCUGAUGGAGUCUCCCGGAGGCCAGAUAUGCCCGUCUUCAGACAGCCAGACGGUUUAGUGCCAGGCAGCGCGAUGGAGAACAACAACAACCACCCACCUCCUGCACCUAGUGCUCCUCUGCCUUCCCUGGCAGAGCCACGGGUGGAGAGGGUGCAGUCACCCAUCACAGAGACACCCACGGCCCGACCAACAGACAGGCCAGAGGUGAUUUCCAGCUACAGUGGCACGACCAUGUCUGAGGCAGUUAUGCCCGAUGCUGUGGUGUCCCCAGCGAUGGGUGGCCUGUACGGGGAGAAGGUCGGUGGCCCUGUGGUGGACUUCAGUUACGUGGGUAUUGACGCCAUUCUGGAGCAGAUGAGGAGGAAGGCCAUGAAGCAGGGUUUUGAGCUCAACAUUAUGGUUGUGGGACAGAGUGGCCUGGGAAAGUCUACUCUAAUGAACACGCUGUUCAAGUCGAAAGUCAGCCGUAAGUCUGUGCUGGCUACAGCCCAGGAGAAGAUCCCCAAAACAAUCGAAAUUAAGUCCAUCAGUCACGACAUUGAGGAGAAGGGAGUGAGAAUGAAGUUGACGGUCAUUGACACUCCAGGGUUCGGCGACCAGAUCAACAAUGAGAACUGCUGGCAGCCUAUCAUGAAGUUCAUUAACGACCAGUAUGAGGCGUACCUGCAGGAGGAGAUCAACAUCAAUAGGAAGAAAAGGAUCCCAGACUCCAGAGUUCACUGCUGCAUAUACUUCAUCCCCCCGACCGGACACUGUCUGCGGCCUCUUGAUGUAGAAUUCAUGAGACGUCUCAGUAAAGUGGUCAACAUUGUCCCAGUCAUUGCCAAGGCAGAUACUCUCACCCUGGAGGAGAGGGACUUCUUCAAGAAGAAGAUCAGGGAAGAGCUACGAGCCAACGGGAUUGAUGUUUACCCUCAGAAGGAAUUUGAUGAGGAUGCAGAGGACAGAAUGAUCAACGAGAAGAUCAGGGAGAUGAUCCCAUUUGCUGUGGUGGGCAGUGACCAGGAGUACCAGGUCAAUGGCAGGAGGCUGCUGGGGAGGAAGACCAAGUGGGGAACCAUUGAAGUUGAGAACAUAGCCCACUGUGAGUUUGCCUAUUUACGGGAUCUCCUCAUCAGGACCCAUAUGCAGAACAUUAAGGACAUCACCAGCAGCAUCCACUAUGAAAUGUACCGCGUGAGGCGCCUCAAUGAGAACAACUCAGUGACGGCUCACGCCAACGGUAUCCCAGAGCAUCAUCUUGCCGCCCAUGAGAUGUAGACGCCACCUGCCGAGCCGCUGUUGACCUCAGCUGUGUGUAACUCACCUGCUAUGAGACUUUAACCUUCAUUGACAGCCUCCCCCCUCCAUGCCAGCCCCCAUCUCACAGGUGGGACAGAAACUUAAAAGCUCGCCAGAGGGACCUUUUUUCCAACAUUUUUGGCGGCUUAAUGGACAGUUCACAUCAGUUUAUUGCCCCUAUAGCAAACACUACCCCUUCACGAUCGCUGACGGAGAGUGAGGAGAAGUUUGAUUCUUCACGAUUCGCUGCAGCUUGACUUUUUUUUAACCUGCUUCCAGAUUUCAGCUAUCCUCGGCGGUUUGUACUUGUGGUGCCAAAGUUUCAGCAUCUGCCAAACAGGACGGACUGACACGAUGCAAUAUGAGUCAGACAGCUUCACCUUUAUCAGUAACAUGUUAACCUUGUCCACUUUCACCUAUUUUUCAAGUUUGAUUGUUUUUAGCAGCGUUUGUAAGAAUUGAUGCCGUAACAGAAGUUUUCUGUUGUCGUUGACGUUCUGACUUUGAUUAUUGCACUUGAUCACUACAUUGUGUGUUGAUAUGUUGGUGAGUGGCUGUGCAGCACUUUGCCAACAUGUGACACACACACACACACACACACACACACACACACACACACACACAC